AUGCAGGCUGUCAACGCAUGGCAGGCCCCAGGCGAGGCGGCCUUCGACUUUCGCAGCGAUGUCAUGACGAGGCCGACCGUUUCUAUGCUGGAGGCUAUUACAAACUCGUCUCUGGGCGACGAUGUGCUACAGGAAGAUGCCGUGACUUGCUCGCUGGAGAAGUCAGUUGCCGAGUUGGCGAAUCAUGAGAGCGCCCUGCUGGUAAUGUCUGGAACCAUGGGGAACCAGGUAGCCAUCCGAACUCACCUGACGCAGCCGCCGUACGCAGUGCUGUGUGACCACCGCGGUCACAUCAUCAACUAUGAAGGAGGUGGUGUGUCGACCUGGACUGGAGCAUAUGUCAAAGGUAUUAUACCCAAAAACGGAAGAUACCUCACUCUAGAAGAUAUCAAGCCCCAUGCUGUUCUGGGUAACGAUAUCCAUGGCUGCCCAACACGGGUGAUCAGCCUUGAAAAUACUCUGGAUGGCAUGAUAAUGCCGCUUGAUGAGAUGAAACGUAUUUCUGCAUGGGCACACGAAAACGGCCUGAAGGUUCAUCUUGAUGGAGCCAGGCUAUGGGAAGCUGUUGUUGCUGGGGCAGGGAGCCUCUCUGACUUCACUUCUCUAGUAGAUAGUGUCAGCCUUUGCUUCUCGAAGGGCCUUGGUGCUCCGAUAGGGAGUGUCCUCACCGGACCCAAGGAGUUCAUUCAAAAGGCUCGCUGGUUCAGGAAGACGAUUGGCGGAGGGACGAGGCAGUCCGGAGUCAUCGCCGCCGCGGCACAGGUUGCCCUCAACGAAACUUUUGGCAGCGGCCCAAAUGGUAAAGGCGGAAAACUGCUUGUCAGCCACGAGAUGGCUAGAAAGAUUGCAAAGCUAUGGACCGAUAAGUGCGGAAAGCUCAAAAAUCCAGUGGAGACCAACAUGGUGUGGCUAGAUCUUGAGGCGUGCAACUUGUCGAAUGAAGACUGGAUAGAAAUCGGUCGACAACAUGGUUUGAAAUUUUUGGGCGGUCGACUGGUGGUGCACUACCAAAUAAGCGAGGAGGCUAUUACGAAGUUGGACAAGGCUAUGGAUGCUGCAAUCAGUGGUACCUUCACCCCAGUCGCUAAGAGCGAGAAGAAUGGACAAUAUUGCGGUCAGGCAUGA